CUUUACUAUUUAGUUUUGAUUUUUUUCUCCUUGUGUGGGUCACUCGGAACGACGUUCAUUGUUUUGUCUCAUUCGUUUUGGACUAUAGGUCGGAGUGGUCUUCUCUAAAAUGGGCAACAGAGACGAUGAAUACGAUUUCUUGUUCAAAGUCGUUCUCAUCGGAGACUCGGGUGUCGGAAAGAGUAACCUUCUUUCACGUUUCACACGCAAUGAGUUCAACCUGGAGAGCAAGAGCACAAUAGGUGUGGAAUUCGCCACCCGCAGCAUCCAGGUGGACGGAAAGACGAUAAAAGCACAGAUUUGGGACACAGCUGGACAGGAACGCUACAGGGCUAUCACCUCAGCCUACUAUCGUGGAGCGGUUGGAGCCCUUUUGGUGUAUGACAUCGCCAAACAUCUGACCUACGAGAAUGUGGAGCGCUGGCUUAAGGAACUGAGAGACCAUGCGGAUAACAACAUAGUCAUCAUGCUGGUGGGCAAUAAGAGUGACCUGCGUCAUCUCAGGGCAGUGCCCACUGAUGAAGCACGUGCUUUUGCAGAGAAGAAUAAUCUGUCUUUCAUAGAAACCUCUGCUUUGGACUCAACCAAUGUGGAGGAAGCUUUCAAGAACAUUCUAACAGAGAUCUACCGCAUUGUAUCACAGAAGCAGAUCGCCGAUCGGUCAGCCCACGAUGAGUCGCCAGGAAACAAUGUAGUGGAUAUCAGUGUUCCCCCCACCACGGACGGGCAGAGGGGCAACAAACUGCAGUGCUGCCAAAAUCUGUAACCAUUACAAACCGUCAACACCCCCCCCCCCCCCCUCCCCAAACCCUCGCCCCCACCAAGACACACAUACACCUCCCUCUACACAUCUCGCUAAGUGUUGUGCCGCAGGUGUCCUCUCAGUUUUAUUUGUGUAAUAUAUAUUUUUUCUUUUGAUAGCUUGUCAACUCACUUACA